GUGGCCGUCCCCGACAUCACAGAAGCCACAAAAGGAGCCAAGAUUCUGGUGUUUGUGAUCCCGCACCAGUUCAUCCACAGAAUCUGCGAGCAGAUAAAGCCUCACCUGACCGAGGGAACCAUCGGGAUCUCUCUCAUCAAAGGCGUCGACGAGGGUCCGGAAGGUCUGAGGCUCAUUUCGGACAUCAUCCGAGAGAAGCUGGAGAUCGAGGUCAGCGUCCUGAUGGGCGCCAACAUCGCCAACGAGGUGGCGGACGAGAAGUUCUGCGAAACCACCAUCGGGGCGAGAAAUGAGGCAAACGGCCUCAUGUUCAAGGAGCUCCUGCAGACUCCCAAUUUUCGGAUCACGGUUGUGCAGGAGAGUGAUACAGUGGAGCUGUGUGGAGCCUUAAAGAACAUCGUGGCCGUAGGCGCCGGGUUCUGCGACGGCCUCGGAUUCGGCGACAACACCAAAGCAGCGGUGAUCCGGCUGGGUCUGAUGGAGAUGGUUGCUUUCACCAAGGUCUUCUCCAAAGGCAAGGUGAGCUCCGGCACCUUCCUGGAGAGCUGCGGCGUGGCAGACCUCAUCACCACCUGCUACGGGGGACGGAAUCGCCGAGUCGCAGAGGCCUUCGUCAAAACGGCUAAAUCUAUUGCCGAGCUGGAGGCAGAAAUGCUGAACGGUCAGAAGCUCCAGGGUCCGCAGACCUCAGCUGAGGUCUACAAGAUCCUGCAGAAGCACGACAUGGUCAACAAGUUUCCGUUGUUUACAGCGGUCUACCAGAUCUGCUACGAAGGGAAGGAGGUGAAAGAGUUCAUCACCUGUCUGCAGAACCACCCAGAGCACAUGUAGUGCAACCUGCAGCCAUGGUUCUGUCGCUGCAGUAACAACUUCCUACCACUAGAGGGGGGAAGAGAUUAAUGAGGAACAUGACAAACUCUACACUUAAAUGAGGAUUCAUAUUUUGCAACGUUUUAAAAAUACAUUAAAAUUGAGGCUGUUAGGAAA